UACUUCCGGUCUGGUGUUGAGCUCUGCCGACAUAACUCGUGACAGGUUACAUUACUAUGAGCUAAACAUUAGGAGGAGUCCAGCCUGCUGUGAUUAUUCACAGGGCCGCAAAACCCCGCAAUUAAUCGGACUAUGACAUGUAGGAGAGAACUUGUUGACUAAAUCUGGAAACAUCACCAUGUGGAGAGUUCACGGUUUCGUCGGGAGAGGUUAGUUUAAUGUUAUUUCUCCUCAUUGCUUUGGAGUUUCUUCGUGUUUUGUAGCAGACAGACGCUGUUAAUUGUGAGUCCCGGUUUGUACAGUGAAGUCCAGAUAUGCACAAAGAGGUGAUUGAUAGCAGGUGUACACAAACACACACAACUCGGCUUGCAUGCACAUCCCAUGAAAUAUAAGCAGUGUGCCACAUUGGGGUUCAUUUAGGAAAGAAUAAAAUGUCUGUUUGACUUUCCCCUCAGCUUUUAUCACCAUCUCUCUAAUUCUUUUACCAUUACCUUGGGUUUUGCAUGUUUUAUCAUCUUUUAGUACUACUGUAAGUUUCUUUCAUUAUGUGUCAAUCCCAGUUUGUUAUGAAACAACAUUUCAAUCCUAAAACUCCAGAGACUUUUAACCCAAAUUUUACAGAGUUUUCAAAGAAGAAUUGAUGCAACACACCCUUAAACACAACCCUAUUCUGUCUUAUUUAAAAGUUUUGCAAGCAGCAAAUUUCAAAGUAGCACAUGUUAGUCAUACAUGAUCAAAUUUUCCAGUUGUUAAUGACGUAUUUUCAAUUACAAACUGUUUUUUUUUCUGAUUUUCAUGAAGAUUUUACUUGGAGUCCUUACACUGGACCGCAGUGACAAAUUUCUGCUGUUUUUGUCUUCUCUCUCUACUCCUCAGCUCUGCAUCGUUUCCAUGGCAGCGUCCCCCUGCGACUCUCUCAGAACCAUCAUGUGGAAGACGAGGUUCUCAACAGCUCAUCUGUCCUCUCCACCUCUCGGCAAUCCUCUGACUGCAGGUACCCAUUACAGCUCCAUCUUUGUCUCUUCAAAGUCUGUCUAAGUCUGAUGGCCAACGCUUACAGAACGAAAACAAAGGUUAGCACUGUGUGUCCCACAAAUUUCAGGCCAAAGACUGAUUACAAAGACGUUUGACUAAAUGUCCUACCUCAGGUCUUCUUUUUUUAUCCAUUACCCCUCUGUUUACUUCAGCAGGCUGCCAUGAGAAACAGGCGUAAAUUUGAUCAAUUUGUUUAUGGUUAUUCUUCUGUCAUCAGCUCUCAGAAACAGGAGGAUGGAGAGAGACGGAAGAAACAGAGAACCUUUCGAUUCAACUACACUGAACUCCCACGGUACACCGCUCUGGAUGCUGUGGGAUGGGUAUGUUCCUGUUGCUGUAACAUUAACGCGUUUACCGGAAACCUCAACCAAGAGCAUUAGAAAAGAUGUCAGAAUGUGUUGUUUUUUUUUUCACUUUAUUAACACCUUUCAAACUCACUCACUUUAGUAACGAGGAUCUUAAUGUGCAAACCCACACACAGAUCUACUACGGCUCCAUGAAUGGGACCCAGUGUCUUUAAGCAGUGGAAAGUUAUGACACUAAAGGGUACCACCUUGAAACAAUCAACAUUUUCUUCAUCUUCUAACAUGAAAUAGUUUAAAGAUAUAGGCAUUCAGGCUAUGAAAUGAACAACACAUGUUUUCAUCUUGGUGUAUCUUGCUCACAGUUGUUUGAAGCAGGUUAUUGCAGCUUUAUUUAAAUGUGUUGUUGAUACUUUAUAACAUGGAAGUGACACUGAUAUCUUGUGUGGUUUCUACAGGGAGCUGCAGCAGCUUUGUUCAUGCAGAUCUGCAGGAGGAUCCACUCCCAGUUCUCUUCAAGCACCGAGCUGAGCCCCACCCCAGGACCCCUGACAGCACCCUCCAACCUGCAUAAGUGUGGCUACCGCAUCUUGCUAGAGACUUGUGAGUCCUUUUUUUUGCCUCGGUGUUUCACUGUUGGCUCAUCUUUUACCAUAUCAACAGGUUGAAUCUUUAAAAAAAAGUUUCCAUAGAGUCAUGAUGUCUGUCAUGUACUUUUUCACUCUGAAUCCUGACUUUGUUAUGUUUUGUGACUGUUUGGUUCCUCCAGUGUCUAGACGUGAUGUCCUGCCUGUAGGAAGGAGAGUUGCAUGUCUCCCAGAGAAACAGAACCACAGUCAGUCUGCAGUUGAAAACAGCAGCAGCGAUUCAGGUGACUCCGGUCUGCACAGCAACAAUGAACUUGCUGCUGACUGCUCCAUCUCAGACCAACACCAGGCACUCCUGAACCUGGAUUCUUCUGUACCUGGUUUGUUUGCAACAAUAAAGUUCUAUAGAAGAUUAACUGUUUGAAAAUAUGACUGUUUCUUCUCAUUUUGGCUUUAUUGUAGUUGCAUUAUGUUGAAACAUUGACCUCUUUUCUUGCUUUACUGACAGAGGACUUACUUCUGCAAGCAUCAUGUCCUCUGCAGAAUGAUUCGAACAGAGACAACACAGAGACACAAAAUACAAAUGACAAGGUGAACAUGUUGUUCCUUUAUUUUGUGGACUUUUCUCUCAAACUGACUGACUUACUUGUCAUCUGUUCUUAAUAGUGGUUGUUUUUUUUAAUCCUCUUGUGUGUUUUCAGGAAGUGUUGCCUGAUGAGGAGAGGCUGGCAGGAGCAGCAGUAAACCUGAGACAUGUGGGAGACGCCAGCAUUCCUAUUGUCCUCAACAUAAUCGGUAAUAUCUAAAUGAUACACUCAUUCACCAAAUCUUGUUUUCAUAUUCAUUGUUAUUAAAAAAACCCUGAUAAACUGCUUACUUGAUAAUUAUGAAUACAAACCAAAUAUCAUAGGAUCUCUCUUAAAUUUGUUUGAAUGAAAAUGAUGCAUACUCUUCCUCUGUGUCUGUGACAGGUCUAGAGAAUGCCAAGAGUGAAAACUAUGAAGAAGCUUUUAUAUGUUUUGUCGCGGCGGCUCAGCAAGGUUACAGCAAGGCCCAGUUUAACACAGGCGUGUGCUAUGAGAAAGGUCGAGGAGUUUCCAAAGACAAAGAGAAGGUAGGAAUCUACAGAGCACCUGUUACACUUCUCCCUCCUCAUCAAAAAAACUUGUCUUCAACUAAGUCUCAUGUGCUUUCUUUUUCAGGCUUUGUAUUACUACCAGCAGGCGGCAGCCGGGGGUCACAGACAGGCACAGUAUCGUUAUGCAAAGCUGUUACUGACUAUCAGGGGGCACCAGAGUUUGGAGGAGCUGAACAGAGCCAUCAACCUGCUGGAACAGGCUGCUGCAGCUGGAAUCACUGAGGUAAAAAUCUCCUUCCUCUGUUUUGUAAUACUUUUGCAUCAAACAUGGGGGAACGUUUUCUCGCACCACUUCGUCUGACCUACUGUCCUGCCCACAAUGCUAGCUGAUUGGCGAGACGCCAUAUUACUCUGUAACCUAUCUGUACUGUGAGGGUAACUGUUAACAUCUGUGCACGAUUCAAGUCAUUUCAGUCUCGAUUAAACAUUUGCUAAAGGCAUUUGAACAAAGAUUUUUGUUUGAGUUUGUAAAAUAUUGUAAACUUUAACCAAAAGGUUUUCAUUGUUACUGUCAAUGCAUAUCAGGUCCAAAUAUUGGUGAUUGGUCUCAUGAUGCAGUAUUGCUCAUUUCAGUUAACUAUCUAUUUUUAUCAAUCUAUAUUUUUUUCAGUUAUUGGUUGGCUUGUGACAAGUCUAAAAGUUUUAAAUAUAACAAAUUUAAAUGAUUUUCUGAAGCCUUAGAUGAGAUCUUAAGAGGUGAGCAUUUUCACUCACACAAAGUCAGAGAAAUAAACCAGAAAUGAAAUAUAUUCCUGAAAAUGUGUGAAUUUAUAAAGUCACAUAACUGAUAACUUUGUGCCGCUAUUUUCAAUUCAAUAAAAAUGUUUUCUUGGAUUCAAUUUUUUUCUGCUUUGGCAAGUUUUCAUCAACAGAAGGAUCAACUUUAAAGCGAAAAACAAGUUUUAGAGCUUCACCACACUUUCAUGUUCUUGGUCCUGUUUGCAGUGCUCCUCACAGUGGGUAGUGGAUGGAUAUGAGCACCCUUUUUCAUCAGCUGAUGUCUGUGUUUUCUCACAGAAGUAGUAAACCUUUCAUCUGUUUUUUCUUUCUCCUCAGGCUCAGGUCUGCCUGGCCUCUGUGUAUUCUCAGGAGCCUGUGAGAGAUGGGAGCAAGUCUGUGCAGUACCUGAAGAUGGCAGCAGAGAGAGGAGUGAGUGCCCUUCUAGAUGCUUCGAGGGUUUUAUUUACAGCUUCUACGCUUUCUGUUCACCACCCCUCCCAGUGUAACGUCUCAGUCGCUCUUUACUCAGAGGCAGAGUGUCCCAGUCCCCAUUUAGAGAUUAUGCAGCUUUCCGAUGAUGCUCUACUACAAUAACACUGUCUUCAUUUUCAAAACAAGCCUUGCUAAAUGUCCCAGAGCUGAGUCAUAUUCAGUUACUGUCAUGUUUCUGUUAUCUCUGUGUGUAGGACAACAGUGCCUUACUGUUCCUCGGUCAGUGUUUUGAGAGCGGCUUUGGGGUGCAGCAGAAUCUGAGCACAGCGAUUGAAUACUACAAACGUGCUGCUCGAGCAGGAAACAAACAUGCCAAGAGCUUACUGAGGUCGGCCGGCUAAUAAAGCAGAGAGUAAGGGUAGGCACACAUGCUCUUAUCUUUAAAAAAAAAAAUCACUUCUUUACGAGUCAUUGCUUUUUGGUGCAUGUGAUGAGCUUUUAAUGAGCCAAGACAGAAGUGAUCAUCUUAAAGCGUGGGUAAUUUAUUUCUCUUCCCCCUCUCCUCCGUAGCAGAAGAUGCAGUGUUGCGCUCCAUCCGUUCGGCCCCAUGUUUCUCUGCAGCUGAAUGUCAACUCCAGCAGGCCACUCAAAACCCCCUCUCUGUCCAUCAACCAGUCAUCCUUCCUGUCCUGCCUCACUCCUGGAGCACUGGCAGCCUGUGUGCCCCCCCAGCGCUUUCCGCUAUUCCUCUUCACCUGCAACCUAACAGCAUUGAGGGAGGCGCCUGUCAGUGGACUGUUGGGAUAGGAUAGUUCUCUUAGAAACAAGCACUGGUCAAACUAAAGGAUGCGUUUUGUGAAUGUUAAGCUGGAAAGCAGGUAAAGAUGUGUACAGAAUGUGGAGUCUGUAUUAGAGUGGACAGGUUUUAUACUUUUGAGUGUGUCUGCAAGUGUUGGUGUGGAUGUGUUUAAGAUUUUUUAUACUAUAAGUCUGAUAAAGCUGUCGGAUACAAGGUUGGAUAUAUGACUGACGUAUUCCUGUUUGUUUUCUACACAAUGGUGCACUUCCCUUCUCCUCUCUCUUGUGUAAUGUAGGUGCCUUUGGAUGUGGCAGAAAUCAGAAGGGUGCUGUCUCCUCUCUCACUCUCUAAUGAGAGAUAACUAAACUAGAGGAAAGUAUCAUUUACACACCUGCAACUUUAAAAAGGGCUUUGGAUAAGAUGUGAAAAUUAACCUUUAAUCAAACAGUGCUUGAUUGGAUCAUUAAAGCUCUGAUCUGUCUGUUAUAAAAUAACAACUACAGAGGAGGCAUAGAGAAUCAGAUCAAUCUUUUGGGUUGUUCAGCCUGUUAAAUGUAGCUACCAAAGUGAUGUCACUAUACUGCAGUAUUUACAGUUCAUUCAACUCUUUGAAACAACUGCUUGUAAAAAAAAAUUAAAAGAAUAAUGUUUAAUAUCUUUUUU